UAUACCGCCAGAGUAAUUAAUAUUCCUCUACAGCCAUGGCUCGUAACGAAGAGAAAGCACGGUCAAUGCUAAAUCGAUACUUGACAUUCAAAAAACAGGAGAAAAAGAAGCCCAAAGAACGCCGCCCCUAUCUCGCUUCUUUAUGCGGCAGUCUCGCCGAAGCCAACCGAUGGCGCCAGCAAAUCCUCCGAGAAGUCGACCGAAAAGUAACCGAAAUUCAAAACGAAGGUCUCGGCGAGCGCUGCCUGCGUGACCUAAACGACGAAAUCAACAAACUAAUCCGCGAAAAGGGACAUUGGGAGCGUCGGAUAAUCGAACUCGGCGGUCCUAAUUACACCAAACACGCUCCUAAGAUGACCGACCUAGAGGGUAACAUAAUCGACGUGCCAAACCCUAGGGGUCGUGGCCCCGUGUAUGUGUAUUUCGGAGCGGCGAAGAAGCUUCCUGGAGUGAGAGAGUUGUUCGAGAAGCCGCCGGAGUUGAGGAAGAGGUGGACUUAGUUAGAUGUAGUUUGCACACAGUUUAUAUGUAAGUAUUGAUAUUAUUGCUUAAUUGAUUAAUGCGUUAUAUGAUUUAUUUAGUUUCUUUCUUGCGGUUGAAGUUAAUGUUGUGGAAUUUAUUUUAAACGUUUUUAUUACGUUAGUUAUUUUUGU